AUGAAGACUGCUGGUCAGGUCGGAGCGGCUGGCAGCAGCUUUAAUAUCCCAGCCCAACCGGCUGCCGCGCAAAAGUCCGAGUAUCAGAGUUCCGGUGCCCACGGCGCAGUUAGUAAUGCGGAUUUUUCUGUAUCCCAUGCUUCGUCCUGUGGCGGUCUGGGACCACUGUCAAAGGCCAGGUCAGGGCCACGCUGGGGAGACGCGUCGGGCCAUGGAGCACAAGGGCGGGUUGGCCUUGUCGCGACUGCGACCACAACUGGAGACGGGCAUGCCCUUAUGGGCAGGGUGGCUAUUUCGAGCCGCGAUACUAGCGUAGGGCCGGGCUUUAGUGUGGGCGCGAAGAGGACAAGGGCACUGGCUAUGGACGGCGAUGCUGCAUCCACACAGACAGAACCAUCAGUUCCAUGCCACCCGCGAGUUUCCUCGUUGCCAGCUCAGGUCAACGAGGACUCCGUAAGUGAUGGGCAUUGCCGCGUGCCUGCCGCUAUGCACCCUUCCGGUUUCGAGCAGCCGGAACGAGCACUCCCGCUGCCAAUACGGCAGCGGGUCGCAGCCAAUACGGCGACCAGGACGGACCAGGAGGCAGUAGCGCAGCUGCUGGGCUUCGUGAGUGAAGUCGCCAAACUCGGCAGUUUUCAGGAAAACGGCCGAGGGUGCCACCCCGGGGCUACGGCAUCAAACGCCACAGCAUCUGCCGGCGUGUCCUCCGUUCUCAGUGGCCUCAGCGCAGGCGGUGACAGCCACCUGUCUGCACUCCUGUCCGCCAGCUCACCCGUCAUCCUGGAUAAGCGCCUUGCAGCUGCGCUGGCAGAUCCUACUGUGGCCGCGGCCACAGCCCAGGCGCUGGCUAACCGUGUCCUCGUUCCAUUGUGCAGCCUAGAAAGUGCUGACGGCGCGGCGGCUAAACGCACCGGGUCUUUCGGCUCUCAAGGAAACGAACGGCCGCCCCGUGGAGUUGAGCACCAGCUUGCCGAACCUGAUCCUUUCCCCUGCUGGCAAGAGAACGGCGUCGACGCUCUGACGGUAGUGUGCGGCAAUGGUGCUGCGAGCCAAAAACGGCCACCAGGCGUGACAACACCGACCGUCGAAGGGGAUAGUAAUGGCAGCGCCAGCGGCAGCGCUGGCGAUGCUAGCUUGACAGCAACAGCUGGUGAUAGAAACCCCAUCGGCGGCAGCGGGCAGAGCGACGAGGCAGCUGGUGGCGGUGGUGGUGGUGACGGGGCUAGCAAUGGCCAGAGCGACUGCUUGUGCAGGGAAAAGCUUUCAGACUUUGAACUGAGGGAUGCAGCAAUGGGUAGCAACGCCCCAGCGGCGUGUGGCGCAGCGGAUGGCACAGUAAGCCCUGUGCCUUGCGGACCGAGAGACACGUGUGCGCAUUUGGCAGCGGAUGUACAGGCUAGCAGCGUGGCCCAGCAAGGCAGCGGCGGGACCGGCGCUGGGCCUGCAGCGGCCAGAGCCUCCACGGCCAUUCCGCGCCGCGAUACGCAGCUUUCGCUCCCUUGCGCGCCCGUGUCUGCCCAGCUAGGUGCAGCACUCCCUCCGGAGGUCGCUGCACGGCUGAAGAAGCGGAUUCGCAUCAUUCAGCCCAUAAGCCAAACAUGGGUGGAAGAAACCUUGCAGUGCGGCAGUGGCGCCAUCUCUCAGUCUUUCAGUGGCAGCGAGGACAGGCCUGUUGGUAGUGGUAGUGGAGGCCGUGUUGCCCACGUGCACGGCAGCGCCAACCCGGUGGCGAACGAACGGCGUCAUCAGGGGGAAUCGGGGCGGCCCCCGGCGUCGGCGGCGGCAGCGGCAGCCCUACCAUCCAGCGGUGUAACGCUUGGGGCGCCAGAGCUGCCGCAAGGGGGACCUCUGCCGCGACUAGGCGCAGAUGGGAUGGCUGUGCAACCGUGCGUUUCAGGAGCGGCGGGGGAGCCGCGUGACGCUAGGAAUGCCCCGGCCGAACGGGAUACUUCCGUGCGCGAUAAGCCAGCGGCGGCGGCGGCAGCCGUUCCUGCUGCAGCAGCUCCUGCCGUGACGGCGGUGACCGCGUCCGUAGGACCGCCGUUCUCUUCCUUGCAACAGCAGCAUGCAGUGACGGCUGCCACCGAUCAUCCCUUGCAAUUGUCAGGCCUGGCGGCAUUGGCUGCGCUAGCCGCGGCAGCUGACAAGGUCUCUCCCUUUACAACGGACAGCGCCAGCACCCUGCAGCUGGUGCCGCAACAGCAGCAGGGAAUGUCUGCCACGAUGGGUUCCACGGCGCCGCUGAUGCUACCUCACAGUUAUGGCAGUAACAACACGUCCGUGUCGGCCACACCCACAACUGCGACGACCGAAUCGCCCUUCAGCUCCGCCGUGCUUCCGCCACGAUUAGCCUCCGGCCCCGGCAGUCACCUUGGCGGCAGCUGUAGCGACGCCGCGGUAGCCGCGGGGCCGCUUCCUGCUACAGCUACCGGCGGCGCGACGGCCCUUGCGCCGGGACAGGACUCUCUAAGCGCACUGCUGGGACGCACCUUAUCCUCGGGCUUGCCUGGGACCGCCGUGGCUGUUGCUGCGAACCCCGGUUUGGUCCGCGCUGCGUCUGAUGCCUUGCGCGAAGCUGCCACCGCCAACACGACGUUGUUGCCGCAGCAGACGCGGUCCCUGGCCCCGCUACCUAGCCAGCGAACAGUGUCAGCGGCCAAUUCAACGUCGGCGUCAUGCCUGGGAAAGGUACAGGGUGAGCUUACACUGCUAUACCACUGGUACGUGGCUAACAAAGCGGCCUACCUUGACCAAGCGCAGCUACAGCUACAGCGUAUCGAUGCUCUAACAGCAGCAAGGGACAGCGCGGCUGGAGGCAGCGGCGCCAACGCCGCAGCGGCGGCAUGUGCACGGGCGGAGUCUGCUGAGGCGGCGCGCGCGUUCGAGACGGCGCUCAAGAUCAUGAGUGUGUGUGGACGUGUAGAACAGCAGUGGCUAUCGGCGCCGCCGCCGGCGCGUGGAGGACCUCCAGCGACGGGUGCUGCGUUGCGCGCCAUGGCGGCGGCGGCGCCGCCGCCGCCAGCCGCAGAGGCGACCGCCGUGGGUCUGCCCCGCCAGGCGUCAGGUUCAGCUGGCGCGGCUCUGCCUGUGAACUUGCCUGCGCCGGCUGCCGGCUGGUCCCACGGCGCCUGUGCGGCGCUGGCGGUUGCGGCAGCCCUCGUGGGUUCGGUCGGAAGAGGGCAAGCUGGGUCUGGGCUUGGUAGCGGCGGCUCACCGCCCGGCACUGGGUCGAUGGCGAUGAAAGAGGGAGGGCCGAGGAACUCUCCGAGUUGGUUCGCCGGCUUGGGGCCGCUUGGGGCCACAUGCGGACAUCCCUUUUCCUUGGCGGCGGCGCAGAGACUACCUGCUGAGGCGGCAACCGGAGGUGUGGUGGCGGGGGCUCCGGUGCCUAUGGUGACGGCGGCGGCAGCGGCGCAGCUUCCACAGUCGCCGCCGCAACAACUGAGGGCCAGCGCAUCGCCGCUGUCGCCGCCGGUUGCGCCUUGCAGCCAAGCCGCUUUUGCUUGA